UGCGGCGGGCGGGGGGCGGCGAGGGGAGCGGGGGCUCGUCCGGGGAUAGCCGCCUCCGCCGCAGCCUGCCGGCGCCUGGAAACCUGGACCUAUCUCCGCGUCUUUCUCCGGCGGCUCCAUCGCUCCUCCCGCGCCUCGUCCUCCCGCCGCCCCCGCCGCCGCGCCCCCGGUGGCUGCCUGCGAGGCCCCGGGAGGGGGCCCGGCGCGUCCGCCGCCCGCUCGGCGCGGCUCGGCCCGGCCCGGGAGGCGUGCAUGCCCCUGCUGCCCGCGGCGCUCACCAGCAGCAUGCUCUAUUUCCAGAUGGUGAUCAUGGCAGGGACGGUGAUGCUGGCUUACUACUUCGAGUACACGGACACGUUCACCGUGAACGUGCAGGGCUUCUUCUGCCACGACAGCGCCUACCGCAAGCCCUACCCGGGCCCGGAGGACAGCAGCGCCGUGCCCCCCGUGCUCCUCUACUCGCUGGCCGCCGGGGUCCCCGUGCUCGUGAUAAUAGUUGGAGAAACUGCUGUGUUUUGCCUACAACUAGCCACAAGGGAUUUUGAAAACCAGGAGAAAACUAUUUUAACUGGAGACUGUUGCUAUAUAAACCCACUGGUGCGGCGAACUGUACGGUUUCUUGGAAUUUAUACAUUUGGACUAUUUGCUACUGAUAUCUUCGUAAAUGCUGGGCAAGUAGUUACAGGGAAUCUGGCUCCCCAUUUUCUUGCCCUGUGUAAGCCCAACUACACAGCACUUGGAUGUCAGCAGUAUACACAGUUCAUCAGUGGGGAAGAGGCCUGCACAGGCAACCCAGAUCUCAUCAUGAGAGCAAGGAAGACAUUUCCAUCCAAAGAAGCAGCUCUCAGUGUCUAUGCAGCUAUGUAUCUGACAAUGUACAUUACCAACACAAUCAAAGCCAAAGGAACGAGACUUGCUAAGCCCGUUCUGUGUUUGGGAUUAAUGUGUUUGGCCUUUCUUACUGGACUCAACAGAGUAGCAGAAUAUCGAAAUCACUGGUCAGAUGUGAUAGCAGGCUUUCUGGUUGGAAUAUCUAUAGCAGUAUUUCUGGUUGUGUGUGUGGUAAAUAAUUUCAAAGGAAGACAACCGGAAAAUGAGCACAUACACAUGGAUGAUCUGGCACAAAUGCCAAUGAUCAGUAUCCCUCGAGUAGAAAGUCCCUUGGAAAAGGUAACAUCUAUACAGGUGUCCCAAAUCCAAACUAUUGAAAAUGGUCAAGAAGAAAAUUCACAGGGAAGGUCCUUUAAAGACUGUCUUGCAAGGCUCUUUAGGUGGAUAAUGGGAAUAAGCCACUGUGAGCACCUUCAAUUAAGGCAAUAAACAACCACAUCACCGCCUUUGCAGAAGUCACAUGAUAUUGAAGCAAGUGGUUUUUCACUGCACUGGACAUCAUCCCUUUUCACCAUCCAUUCAUAACACCCAAAGUUUGUUUGAUUACAAAAGAAGUUUAUAAAGUUGUCUAAUAAUUUUUUAAUUUAAAAAUCAUGUCAACUUAUCUGUUUCCCCCACUAGACUGUGAGCUCCUCAAGGGUAGGACUGUGUCUUUUCUUCUCUGUAUCCCCAGCACCUACAGCAAAGCCUCACAGAAAGUAGGUGCUCAGUAAUGCGAUGACCGAAUGGACAAAUUGAUUCCUAAAUAAAACAUUCACUUUAGUUUCUCUCAGAAUCACUGAGACUACAUGAAAAGUGACCUCUACACAAGUCACAUUUGUAUAAGAAAUCCUUCCAUUUGGGGCUAGUGCAGCUUUUAAAAUUUUUCAUUUAUCUAUUCACCAGUAUACCACAUUUCAUUUGAAGUGGACUUUGAAGGUCAUGGGGGUUUUGAUUUUAUUCAGCAUGACAUUAUUUCCAUUCUAACAGAUUUCAGCGUGUGAAAUUAUUUUACUUUUAGAAAGUAUGUUCUAUACUAAAAUAAUGUUUGCACAUGAUAUUAUGCUGUGUUUCACUUAAAAUAUUGUUCAUACUAUACAUUCUAUGACUGGUGCUUCUGCUUUUGAAGGGGAAAAUGCCAAUUUUUACUGUAAUAAGUAAUGUAUCAUAAUUAAAAAUUAUUUAUUUGGACUUUUGUUCCUGACAAUUGUGGUCUAAUUGUUGACUUGUUGCUUUUGAAUGCAGCCAGUGUUUAGGAUAGUUUAAGGACUAAAUUCAUCAAUCUUACCUACUUAUUGAGCAAUUUUCCAUUGAUAAUAGUGUCUUCAGAGCUCGAAGUCUCCAUUCUCAGGUUUUUUACCUAUAAAGAUUCCCAAUAAUUUAAGUAGGGGAGAGCCAACCCUGAAACAUCAUUUAGAUUAUAUAAAUGCCAGAAAUGUGGUCACUGUAUUUGACUUUGCACUUGUGUAGCACUUUAUAGUUUACAAAGUACUUUUCAUUUAUAAUUUCAUUUAAUUCCUCACAAUAACCCCAUGUAAACAGUGAGAAAAAUAUAGCGAAAGCAGGGUAAAUAAUGUGCCCAAUUCUACACAACUGAUAAGAAGCAGUUAAAAGUUAAAUUCUUACUGUCUGACCCCAAACUAGUAUUCUUUUCAAAUAUACCACAACUGCCAUGUCAUGUUGGAGGCAUGAAGGCCUUUCAGAGGUCAGCAGAGUCCUGGACAACUACCUAUGUUUUUAAAAAUGAAGAAAUGCCAAAAUAGAGUACAAAAGCUAUGCUAUAUUUUAAAUAUUUAUGUUUUAAGAAAUGAGCACUUUUCAAAUAUACAAAAGUAUAGCAGACUAUUUUUAAUUCUAUUUAAAAAUAAUGUCAAGAGUCUAGAUGUGAGGUCUUUUAUAAAGUCAAAACCUAAAUCAGAUAUCUCUCCUGCCAGCCCUGCCUCCAUGCUCUAACCCCUACCCCCCAAGAGAGUCCCCAAGGGACAUACCUUAUACUGAGCAUGUGGAAUUAAGGGUGAAAAUCAUGAUCACAUAAGGAAGAUGAACUGGACUAUGAGAAAACCAUUCC